GGCUGACACUUCUUUUAAGAUGCCUAAAGAAGAUGAAGAUCCUCAGGUUACUGGAAAGAAUCGCUAUAAAUAUUUUGAAUGGCCUUUCCUUCCAUUUUACAAGCAGAUGCCACUCAAUGUUAUUCUUGCAACACCAAAGCAAGAUGUAUACAGCUACGUUUCAGUCGCUAAAAAGCAGCCCAAAAUUGCUUUGGUGCAUACUCAAGGCACCCAGACAGAUUAUCGGGAUAGUGAAACUCAAACAGAUCCGUAUACACCAGAAUACAUAGUAUGCCAGGAUACCAUCCCUGAGAUCUUGACCCUGGCUACUCUCACUUGGGGUCGGGGACUUCCAGCAGGACUAGCUGAAGUAGAGAUGAUCGAACGUGCCAGAGAGAAACGUGCUUGGGAAGCCACCCUUCCGCCUCUGAGUAACGACGCAUUGUUCAAUAAAAGGAGGAAAAUGAUGAACGACAUGGAAAGGAAGGAGUGGGCCUUCAGAGAGCGUGAAAUUGAGAAACUGCAGGAACUUCAACUCGAGGUCCUCAAGCAGCUAUUGAAGAAGCGUGAAGAUGAUCAAAAUGAGGUGAACAUAAGGCGUUUAAAUGCCCAGUGGUCUGAACUUCAGGAAGAAAAGGAAGAGAAAUUGUUAAAAAUUAGACACACCCAUGUAUCAGCAAUCAGAAAAAUGAUGUUGAAGGGAAGAAAUGUAGAGGGGAAAUUUGAGAGAAGAAACAUCAUCAAUGAAUAUAAUGAUUUUGCAUCUGAAGUCUAUGGGCCUCUUUCUCGACUGGGUCGCUUUCCAGACAGUAAUUCGGAACGUUUUGUUGUAAAAAACCACUUUCUUAACACGUACGAGGGGCUACUUGAACUUGAGGCCUCCCUCCCAGAUUUUGUAACGCAGCCUCGGAUCAGAGCUCCAAAGCCCAAAGUGAUCACCACAAAGAGUAAAUUUCUUAAAAGGUCGGCUAGAAUGGAUCUUGAGCUAGCUGAGGUUCACCAGGCGCUGUUGGAUAAGAAGAGGAGAGUUCCUGAGCCAAAGAAAAAACCCUUCUUCCUUCAGAGGAGAGUAAUCCCACCACCUCGACUUCCAACACCAACUUUGGACAUGUGUUCUUCUGAAGAAGAGGAGAUUGAAAUGGCCGUGGUCUACUUACAAAAGUUACUUCGUGGCCGAGUCAUCCAGAACAUGAUGUAUGAAGGAAAAGAAAAGCGCUUAGAAUUGAUCAAUGAACUGCGGACCAGCCAUUGGCUUCAGGAAGAUGACAGACUGGUGAAGAAACUGGAGAAGCAAGUGACGCUGGCCCUGCAGCGGCAGCGCAACUUACAUGAGGAGAAGAUGGCAAUGAUUGAAGAUCACUUAGGUGGACUGGAAGGAAAGGUCUUAGCAGAUAUGUUUGACUUCCUCUCCAAAGAACUCAUCCGACUACAGGAGGAGAGGAGGAUCCACGCCUUUGCCAUGCUGGCGGAGAGGCAGCGUCGGAUUCGAGAAGCAGAGGAGAGUGGCCGUCGCCAGGUGGAGCAGAGGCGUCAGCGUGAAGAGGAUCAGAUAUUUAAGGAGGUGAUUAAAAUUCACCAGAGUACCGUUACCUCCUAUCUGGAAGACAUCAUACUAAAUACUGAGGAAAGCACAGCAGAAGAACAAGCCCGAGAAGAAAUUCAGAAGAUGGCUGAGGAAAUCAAUGACCUUGCCUAUGAAAUAGAAAAUCGUCGAACUCACCUUCAGUCAGAAGAGAUUGUUGCGGAGUUGGUUUAUAGUUUCCUGAUUCCAGAAGUGCAGAAAAGAUUUGUGAAGGAGAAAGUGAGGAAUUUACAAAGGAAGCACAUUCUUGCAGCUCAUCAGAUCAUCCAUGAAGGUACUGAAAAAGUCAUCAUCCAGUCUCAAACCGAGGCAGCCAUGCCUCACAGAGAGAGACCGGUCACGGAGAUUGACAAGAUGUUCGCCAGACUAAAAGUCAAAAAAGACAAAAAGUCAGAUUGA